AUGGCAGCUCUCAUCACCGCUAUCAUCGACUGCAUCAUGUGCACUUCGCCGGAAGACCCGAUCUACCCAGACGAGAAACAGGCGCUCAACUGCAGCUCUGACGUCCGCCAACUUGACGAAGUCGCCAGAAAUGUCGUCAGCACCAUACUCCGUGCCAAUAAGGCCGGUACGGAACUGAGAGCGGAGCUUGACGUUAUCGUCGGCCCGUACGGAUGGAAGGAGUAUCUAGCCGAGAAGGUACUGGAGAAGCUAGGUGCUGCCCUGCAAGGCGCGCAUGACAAACUCGGCCCUGCGAUCCGCGAUGCCUACCACAAAGCAUGGAACGUUGCGAAUGAUAUCGAAGGCUUCGUCAUCCAGCAUCCGGUCAUGUGCACCAUUAUCGCGCUCGGCGUGCUUGUCAUCAUCGCACCGUGGGUGGUUGAAUCGUUGGGCUUUGCCGAGCUGGGGCCUAUGGAAGGCUCCUUCGCAUCGUGGUGGCAGUCAACAUACAGCGGUUUGGUGCCCAAGGGUUCGCUGUUUUCUUUUUUUCCAACGCUUGGGCAUGGUAUGGCUGCGGCAUUGACCGACUGA